GGCUAUAAACUUCCUGAGCGAACCAGCCGCAACUUUCGCCGCCGCCACUCUUCCUCACGUCUUCGCCUCGAGGGAUGUCUGCGUCUGCCGCGCUUGUGCAGUAAGUUCCCUCGGCGUCGCGAGAGCAAUUAGUUAAUUUGCUUCACCCGGUCAGAGCUGCGGGGACAGCAGGCCACAGAGUCGCCAGGUGCACGGCGGCAAGAGACGGUUCCCUCGCGCCACGCAUCCUCACCUGAGCAGUGCGACAUGUACAGCAUGAUGGAGCACGAGCUGAAGCCGGCGGGCCAGCCCCCGUCUCACCAGGCCACCCAGGGCAUGUCGCCGGUCACUGCCAACAUGACCGGCAGCAUGGGCAACAACGGCAACUCUCACCCGGGCUCCAAGACGGCGCUGGCACCGGGAGGAGACCCGAUGGACAAGGUCAAGCGGCCCAUGAACGCGUUCAUGGUCUGGUCCCGGGGCCAGAGGCGCAAAAUGGCGCAGGAGAACCCCAAGAUGCACAACUCCGAGAUCAGUAAGCGACUGGGCGCGGAGUGGAAGCUCUUGACUGACGCCGAGAAAAGGCCCUUCAUCGACGAGGCCAAGCGGCUCCGGGCCGUGCACAUGAAGGAGUACCCCGACUACAAGUACAAACCUCGCCGCAAGACCAAGCCCCUGCUCAAGAAGGACACGCAGGUGGGCAAGUACCCGCUGUCCGCCGGGAACCUGCUGGUGGCUGCCCAGGGUCAAGGUGGAAGCCCGAGGAUGGACAGCUACGGCUGGGGCCCUGCGGGAGGUUACGCCGGGAUGCAGGGCGAGGCCCUCGGCUACACCCAGCAGCUGCACCGGUAUGACCUGUCGGCGCUGCAGUACCCGCCCGCGAUGACGGCGGCACAGACCUACAUGAACGGAGGGAACUCCUACAGCCCAAUGUCCUACAGCAGCAGUCCUCAGCAGCCCAGUCCAGUCACCAUGUCCAUGGUGAAACCGGAACCCAUGUCCCACUCUCCCCCAACUCCGACACCAAACCACCACCGGGGUCCGCUGCAGGGAGACCUCCGGGACAUGAUCAGCAUGUACAUACCAGGACCCGGGGGUGAGGCCGGUGACCCCAGCGCUGCACAGAGGGGCUACAGUAGUGUCCAGCAGCACUACCUCUCUGGGACUGUCCCGCUCACACACAUCUAGUACCGGGACUUACAAGUGUUCUGGAUGCACAGACGGCUGCUGGGAGUCUGGAUGGUGGACGUGACUGACAGAGACACUGCGAUGACAAAUCGCCAUACGAGAGAUCCCUGAGUCUUCGACACCACUGACAUGUUCUCUACCUCUUUGGUGCCACACAAGUGUAAAUAUCACGAGCGUCUGAGCGGAGCCCACAGACCAGGGACGCUCCGCUCCUCUGUACAUAGUAGGAAGCAAUAUUCUGAUCGAUCUUAGAGCUUCUCCAUGACUAUAGAAUCUUCCUAACCCGAGACUGCACCGUUUGCGUUGGGCAGGGCCGAGGGCCGGGCCUUUUUGUCGAGUGUUGUCCUCUACUAGUCCACCUGCCACCAGUGUGGGUGAGGGUGAAAAGAUUUCCGCGUUCUCAGCUGGUGACCGACCUAUCAUGAGCUGAUGAUUGGCUACAUGGAGGGCAACAGGAAGGAAAUGCACAACUUGAACAUACAAGAGGAACAUUGUGCCUUUGGCCACAUUUGUGGUUUCGAAAUGAAUUUUAAAGUUGGUGAAAUCCUGUGGGAUGACACAGACAAUCAGCACUGAGUCCACUGGGCAUGAGCUCCAAGGUUUCCAAGGUGUGUGGGGUUAGAAUGUAGAGCCUCUGCGGUUCCUUCCAUCACGUACCGACCACUGUACCAUCAGAACCUGCCUGCUGUGUGUUUUCGCUGAGACGGUUUUAAAUGUGGUCUUUUUUUCAUUUUUAAAUGUCGAGUUUGUCCUCUCCUUUUGUCACUUUUCUCAAGGCAGAACAAGCUGUAUUUUUACCUAAGGGUGAAUGAAUUUGAGUAGAAAUGCUGCAAUCCGUUCUGUGUGUGUGUUGUCCUCCACGUGGCACAUUAACUGUUGGCUUGUUUUUACAAAUGGGAUGUGUCAUCUCUAACAAAGUUUGUGUCUCUGAACCAGUGUUGACUAAAGGAUCCAACUGAAGUCUUUUUAAUCCUCCUGCUUCCUCGCCUGGGUGCUAGUGCUGCUAUGGACCUAAAGGGAACUUUUUAAUUCUAUUUUCAUAUUACAAAAACUAUAGUUACUAACUAAACACGCACUGUAAAAAGAUACCUGAAAUUUUUAUUUUCUUGAAAAAAGGGAGAGCAAAUAUGACGGUAAUGCGUGAAUGUUUACAUGAAAGGUAAAACUGUUGUACUGACUAUAUUUUUAGAAGGGAUUGUUUGUUCAGCAGUCCGACGCUAGAGUUGCUGUAUGUAGCAUGCAUGUAAAUAAUGUACACACCCUUAGGCUCUUAUACUAAGAGCCUUUUUGUUUCAAAUUCUUUUUUUGUUAUGGCAUUCAUGACAAUAUUAAUA